AUGAUUUCCUUCUAGAUCUGUUGUUCUCUCUCUAUCUUCACUACCUAGGAUCAUGCCGAGAGCUACCCAUUCGCGCGCAAACGCUCCUCAACCUGGGACUCGUGCCAGACGGGUCCAGAUAAAUCCAGAAAACGGUCCUUCGCGACCUGCUCGUGCCCUUCAACGGCCAUCAAUGAUGGCACAAACUCAAUCCCCGCGUGGCACCGGAAAGAGCCCAUCUACGACUCUGGAAGUUGCCCAUGCAGAAUGUUUUCGAACAAUAGAGGAACUUGAACGCGAAACUCAAGCUCUUCGUGAGGAAAAAGAAGGCUUGCAGACGCAGCUCCAGGAGGCACAGAACUCCGAGCUCUCUGACAGGAUGAGCACUAUUGUGCAGCAGAUGCAGGGCGCUAUCAACCACUGUCAGCAACAACUAUGGGACCUGGAGGGUGCCUCCGCUCUUCCAGACGCUACUGCACUUGGCAAUAUGUGGACAAACCAGGAGGGUAUGGGUGACAUGGAGGACCCGAAUUUAUCAAACGAAGAUAUGAUGAACCUGACCACACUGUAAAUAAAUUUCAUAUUCACCUGAAAUACCUAUCGUCUACGACUCCGGGCGUAUCCAGUUGAGUUUACCUGAUAGCAGGGUCAUGGCUUGGACACCAGGCGAUACGACCAUGUUAAGAGGGUGGC